AUAUACUUAGGUCUUCUUGUGAUCGGCGUUGGCGACAGGCCCUCGCCGCGCUGCCCGAGCAAGUGGAUGCCACGCCACAUCAUCGCCGGGCGGCUGCUUCAGAACCGCUUACUCAGCGUGCUGUCCGGAGCCGUCGUCGCGGCAGCAGGGGUGUCAGCGGUUCCGGUGUGGGCUCCUGCCGCGCACGCGCACAUCCCCACCGAAGCCGUCCUCAACAAUAACCGCGGCGGUGAGGGCGGCUUCAGCCGGUCUGAGCUCACGGCCCUUCAGCAGCUGGCGGCGCCGCCAACGGCUAUCGUCACCCCGGCCGGCCGACCGCCGCCGCGCAACGUUGAGGCGGAGUGGCCCUUCGAGUCCCGGCCGGCGGCGGCUCCAGGCGACAGCAGCGGCGCGGGUACGGAUGGAGGCGGCAGCGGCGGUGGCUCGGGCGGCGGCGGCGGUGGUCGCGCCUCUCUGCCGCCGGGGACGGUGGUGGGCACUCCCAACUACCUCGCCCGGGAUGGUGGGGCCGGCCGGCUGCCUGGCGGGGCGGCGGCGGCGGCGGCGGCAGGCGGCGGCGCGCGCGCGGGCGCCAGCGAGGCCGCUGUGGCUCUGCAGCUGCUGACGUCGGCACGGGAGGCGGUGGACGCGGGGGAGCACCAACAGGCCUACGCGCUGUACUCGGCCCUGGCCACCCAGCACGGCGGUCUGGCGCUGUCUCACUACGGCCGCCUGGGCGCAGCGCUGCAGGCCUACCAGCUGGGCCGCGUCAGCGACAGCCUGCUGGCGCUGGAGGACGAGGAGGUGGCCCUGCGCGGCGCGGCGGAGGUGCACGCGGCGCUGGCGGCCCUGCUGUACGUGGAGCGGCCCAGCCUGGCGCUGAGGGCGGAGGAGGAGUGGGCCAUCGCCUGUUCGUUCGACAAGCGCUACUCCGACCCGGCCUGGGUGGCGGCCGCCAAGCACUGGCCGCCGCGGGCAGUGGCGGCGCUACAGCGCUUCCUGGCGCUCAGCUGAUGCGGGGGGGUGAUGGUGGCGGCGGGUACAAGGGGGUUGAGGGAGUGGAGAGAAUAUGAGCAGAACCGGUGGGGGCGGGUCAGACGAAGGUUGAGGGGUUGAGAGAAUAGAGAUAGGAAUGGGGUGUUUUGCGAGGUAGGUAGGUGGCUGGCGUGCGUGUGUGUACGUGUGGUGUGACGGCGCCAUUGGUGUGGCAUUGUCUGGGAAUGCGUCGGGACGCACUGCCGCGCGCUGUGCUGUGCUGUGAAUGAUGGCGGCACUGCAGUGUGCGUACUGCACUACACUGCCCUGGUUAUGCCGCCAGGCGGGACGCAGGGGCGGCGCGGCAGCGGCUGACUGCGUGCGUGCCUGCGUGCAGCCGGAUAGGCGGCUGAGCCGGUGGUUGGUUGAGCAUUACAUGUUGGUCUUCGCGUGAGCCUUGAUGUGUGCGAGGUGAGCUGCUGAGUGCGAGGAAUCUUGAAGAAGACGGGGGGAGACUGUAUGCGCCCCGCCUACCGGCGUGGGUCAGUCGUAACGGGUA